AUGAUAGCUCAAGUAACGGAUGAGCUAGUUGAGGCAAUUCCACGGUCAGGUCUUGAGCCUGGUGCAGGUGAUGUCGUCCUUGAAUUCAUCGGUUACUCUGGUCGACCGCUUGCAGAUGAUUUACUCCCACAGAUCAAGGUGCGUUACUCUGAUCUUACUCCUUUAGCCAUAGUUAAAACCAAAUUCUUUAAAGUUUUCACUGUUCAUGUGAGCCAAUCAAGCUUGGAGGAGCUUAUGGUGAUUUUGAUGCGGUUGAAGAGUUUGUUGUUCUGCCUGAAACCCGCCACUGUCCUCAUGUCUCUCCUCUCUCUCCAAUGA